UGAAUCGCACAUAGGAAAACAAACCGCGAAAUCACCACUUGUUGAAUCGAUUAGCUUCACAAUGAACACUCAAAGAACCGAAGGAUAUGUUGACCCCAGCAUCCCCACCACGGGCACUGCUGCGAGGCCCACCACUCAGAACAUUAACAACAACCCCGAUCCGGUGUACAGCAGCAGUACGUCGGCUGAACCUGCAGCUGGCCAACAAACGAGGAGUGCAUCAGCAGCCCGGGGCGAACAAGUUGGUCGCACGGUCAAGGGUCUCUUUACGGGCGUCCACGGAGCCGGGGAAUCAUUACGAGGAGGGUUGAAUGCGGCCGUCGACAAGGCGUUUGGGACUGAGGACGGCCUGGCGAAGGACGAUGUCAUUGCGCAGAAGGGAGAGAGCGAGCUGAAGGCGGCGAGGGGUGCGAAGAAUGCGUGAGCAUGUACUUGUACCGUGGUAGAAGGGGGAUAAUCAGAGCUGCUGUAGGGCAUUUGCGCAUGGUGGAACAGACCAACGGUCGUUUUGAGUUAGGAACAUCCAUUGACAUGAAUGACAUGAAUGCACGCCACAGGGUCACCUUAUUGAAGAUGAGAG